AUGAGUAAUUUCCUCCAACCCAAAGAUAUUUUUAAAAUUCAUAAAAUAUCAUCAACUACAUCAUCUUCACCUUUUCAACUCAAAAAAUUAUUUCUUAAACCUCGUAUUUGGGGAUUUUUGAUUAUUAUUUUAUUAAUUUUAUUAAUUAUUUUAUAUUCUUAUAAAAUAGAAAAUUCGUCAAAUAAUUAUGUAAAAAUCGACAAAUUAAAUAUUAUUCAAUUUAUUAAAAUGGAAGUUAACUCUGAAGGAAAUGAGGAGUCGGGAAAGGAUAAAAACAAGGGUAAUUCUAAAAAUAUAAUUGACAAAAAUUAAAUAAGUCAGUUCUGCUCUAGGAAGAUAAGAAUACAUACUAAGAAA